CGGCCUGAUGCGUUGAUCACCGUAUCUGUGCAACACAGCAUCGUGGAUUCGUGAUCAUUCAAAUUGUGUCCGAGGUCCACAUCUCCCUGUCAUCUGUUUCUCUCACUCCCAAACCGCGCUCUCCCUACUUACCGGCGACAAUCGGCAUGGCCAUUCGACGCCAACCCUCCUCGACCUCCCUCGCGCGUUAUGCAGUCGCAAAGUCUCCGGGCGUGGAUCUCUAUAACGGCAGCACGUCGCGCGACUUCUGCAAUUCCUUCUGGGGCGCGGGCGACGCCGGUGUGAACGUACUAUUUGCCCGAAUGCGCGGCGCGAGUCGUACGACGGACGAGCUGCGCAACUUCUGGAAGGAGCGAGCAACUAUUGAGGAGGAGUACGCCGCGCGGAUGAUGAACCUCGCGAAGGCGACGCUGGGAAAGGACGAGAUUGGAGAAUUGCGGAAUUCUCUCGAUACCCUCAGCCUUGAAACGGAGAAGCAAGGCGUUGCCCAUCUCGAAUUCGCCUCCCAAAUACGAUCGGAGUUGGAGGCACAGACCACUGCGUUUCUCAGCAAACAAAUCACACAUCGUAAAAAUCUGCAGGGCCCGCUGGAGAAACGAUUCAAAGUCAAGCAGACACAGGAAUCGUAUACCCUCAAGGCGCGCGAGAAGUAUGAAAGCGACUGCCUUCGUAUCGCUUCUUAUUCGCAGCAAAUUUCAGUCAACCCGGGCAAAGACGUUGAGCGGCUCCAACUCAAGUUGCGCAGGGCGCAACAGACGGUCCAGGCAAACGAGAAGGACUUUGCCAACUUUACGAAAACGGUCAUGGAUAUGACACCGCUAUGGGAAAGGGACUGGAAGAACUUUUGUGAUGCAAGUCAGGACCUGGAGGAGGACCGCCUGGACUUCAUGAGGGAUAUCAUAUGGAUGUAUGCGAAUGCGGUUUCGACGUUAUGUGUGUCUGAUGACCAGUCUUGUGAACGGAUCCGUAGUGUGUUGGACCAGCUUGAGCCGGACAAAGACAUCGAGAACUUUGUGGAAGAAUAUGGGACAGGGAACUCGAUACCAGAUCCACCGGUCUUUGUGCCGUAUCCUUCUCAACAACCGGACUCUUCAUCGAGACCAACUACUUCUUCUCGCACCGCCGAGUUUGAACGGGCAUCCGUUCGGCCUGUGCCUGCUUAUGGCGCCGACCAGGACCCCCUUAGCCCGAGCUUGGUGGCCGAACAAAUUAUUCCUACUGCCAUUGUUGCCGCCGCCGCCCCGAUCCGUGCCACCGAUCGAGCUGAUUCGCAAUCGCAAUCGGAUGCCGGGAGCAUGCGAGGAGAAUAUCAGGAUCGGGGGAUUGUGGAUCCCAUGUUAACGCGAUCUCCCAAUGGCUCGGCCAAUGUCACGAGACCUAUGCAGGCCUCGCCAGUAGUGCAACCGACGCAGCCUCCGCCGUCGGCACCACCACAGGUGCAGCCGCAACAACCAAUUCAGCCUCCGCCCACAUCGUAUCAGCAGCCGGACCCCGAAGUUACUCUCAGUCGACGGGCGUCGGGCCCUCUGCCUCCACAACCGUCAGUCUUGCCGUACAACUCCCCGCCCGUCCGGGCCCCGACUCCCCAACCCGAAGAAUCCGGUCGCAUAUUGUUUUAUGUGAAGGCGCUUUAUGACUACACUGCUACUAUCGCAGAAGAAUUCGACUUCCAGGCAGGAGAUGUGAUUGCCGUGACUGCGACUCCGGACGACGGAUGGUGGAGUGGAGAGUUGCUGGACGAAGCUCGUAGGGAGGAGGGCCGACAUGUCUUCCCCAGCAACUUUGUGGUUUUGUUUUAAUCCGCUAUGUGCCCGCACUCAAUCAUCUGUAUCAUACACAAUAGUGCCUAGCCUACUCAUAUAUUUUCAGGCAAUUUAAUAGGGUCAUUUAGCUCCAUGUACAUACAGUCGUUAUUUAUUGUGCUGUCUGCGUUGUUGCCAAUUUUAGAUGGACCCACAACGCGUGGCGUAGGUGACGGCCAAUUGUUUCCUGAUUGGGUGCUGCUUGUUCUCUUCCACCUUCGUGAUGAUUGCCACCCCAGGAACAGCAGUGACUAGCCUGGAACAAGACCUCCCAUCUUUCAGAUAGACGCCCUAUGCCUGUUGGUUACUAGGUCGGUCUUUGUCCUUUCUCGGCAGCGACCAACCCGGCCCAAGCAAUCGCUUAUAUUCUCCUCCGACACCGACAGCCAAACUUCGCCCCACAAUCCCAUGCCAUGCCCCAACCCCCAGAUGGCUGUGCGCUCCACCGCCUUUGCCACCAGCCACAGGGGUCCUGUGCACCAGCCUCGACCCGUUGCAGCGUCUGCUGCCUUCCUCCCGCAUACAAGAAAGAACGGGUGGCAAGGAACAGCAUAUAGCCAGCCUACCGUGACGGACGACAAUUUCCUCGGCAUCUACACGAGCGACCACCCACCCGAGUCGGGUCCUUCUCGCUGUCGCGACCGAGCGCCGAGUCCGCCACGUCGCGCUAUCCAGGACUAUGAACGCGUAGGUGGGUGGAUGUUCGACGCGGCCGGCGGAACGUACUACGUCUCGUAUGGCCACAUUACGGAAGUAACCGAAGACGAUCAUGGUUCCGGCCCUGGCCACGAGCUCUACCGCGGCGGAGAUGAAGCUUUCGAUGGACGCAGCAUGACGCCGCCGCCGUGCCCCCGGCUUCCGACGAUGGAGCUUAUUCCCGAGGAAAUUGUGGACCGACUACCUCAAGGCGAGGCCUACUUCGACCUUGCCGCCUCUUUACGUCCCGCGACGGUAUAUGAAUCGAGUUCCAGCUCCAACUCCAGCUCCAGCUCGUGCUCUGGCCAGCUCUACCUCGAGCAAGUACCUAUGUGUCCGACAGUGGCUCAGGAAGAGAGCGUCCUCCAGGAAAACCUCAGCAGAAUCGAGGAGACCUUUGACGAGGCUAUUUCUUUGCGUCUGAAGCUGAGCAUGACGCAUCUCCCUGACUCGACGGACCUCGGACUACUGCACGAGCUGGAGAGAAGCCUUCGCCACUCUCGCCGUGCUCUGAAGCGGCGCCUGCACAUCUCUGCCGACAGAUGGGAGGCCCGAAGCGACUCUUCUCGCACACGCUUCUUCGAUCGAUUGAGGGUUCUGAGCACCACUCUCAGUCGCCUGCGCCAGUUCUGCGUGGAGCAUCACUUGCGAGUGACCGAACUCAAACAAGUCCGGGCGACAUUAGAACGGUACCUCUCCAAGCUUGCCAGCUUGAUGCUCAAGAUCGAUGCAACAUUUGAUUCGCUAUCGGUCGGCGAAUAUCAAAAAUCCGACACACGGAUACACCGCCGCAUUCAGGAAUAUGUCGACGAACGAAAACAAGCAGCCAGACUCUCCAGAGACCAGUGGCUGAUGCAAUACGACCGCACACUUUGAUAUCGAUUUCUCCCAGAUAAAAUCGCUCUCACGACCCUUGCUCUGACGAAUUCACGCUUUCAUAAUGCUAUCGAAUGCUCUCCAUUACGCUCUCUCAAUGUAUCUUUUCUGUAUUUCAAUCCAACCUGAUAGAGAAUGGGAAACCAAGUGUGUCGGGGUUGGUCCAUCACCGAUGGGACCGUGCGGCCAUCACACCUUCUAUUUUAGUCAA